GGCAGAUUCAAGUAGAGAAUGGCGCCGGGGGGGACUCCUCGGAGUUUAUUGUUUUAGGGUUUAUUUCCGAGCUCAUUAGUCGUCGACUUUUUCUCGGUUUCCCCACCCCCACCGGGCAGCUGCUUUACCACUUUUGAUGCUCCGUGGCUUAUAAAGAGGUCAUAAAGAGGUCAUAAAGAAGUCUGCCGAAUACUCCACAACACUCUGCAAUGGCGUCCGAAACUUCAAAAACACCUCUUUCAUCAGAGACAAUACCGCCGCGACAAUCAUCAUGGCGUCUGAACAUGACUGCGAUCCACGCGGUUUCUGGCGCAACAGCGGGGUUCCUGACCGGGUUCUUUGUCUGUCCGCUGGAUGUCGCGAGGACAAAGUUGCAGGCCAAGGGCGGGUUUACAAAGUAUGGCGUUAAAGGCGCGGAUAAGUAUUUGGGUCUUACUGGGACGAUGCAGACUAUUUGGAAGACCGAGGGUGUUGCGGGUUUCUACCGCGGGCUGGGAACGACGACGGUGGGAUAUCUCCCUACGCUGAUGGUGUACUUUACAGUCUACGAGCAGUGUAAAAAGGACCUUCCGAGAUUCUCAGGUGCGUCAAUUAUCUGUAUUAUGAAGAAAAGAGAAGCUCACAGGUCUAUAGUAUUCAGAGAGUAUCCAUCAUUCAUGCACAUGGCCUCCGCAUUCACCGGCGGCGUGAUUGCAACCGUCAUCACCAGCCCAAUCACGGUCGUCAAGACGCGGUUGAUGACACAAAGCGCCCACACGGCGUGGCACUACAGAGACAGUUUCGACGCGUUCAAGACAAUGUACAGAACCGAGGGCCUUUCGUCUUUCUACUCUGGUCUCGUACCUUCUCUGUACGCGCUCGUGCAUGUCUCGAUCCAGUUCCCGCUGUACGAAUCGUUCAAGAAAGUGUUUGUGCCGGCGCCGGAGUCGAAACCCUCGGACUUUGAGAAGAUUUCCGCGGUGUUCACUGCCUCGACGCUCGCAAAGAUGUUGACGUCGUCGGUGACUUAUCCGUUUGAAGUCAUCAAGACGCGGAUGCAGAUCCAGCGCGUUCUAGCUCAUGCGUCGCCUUCUUCGUCUGACAAGCCAGCUUCGGCGGCAUACGACGGCAUUAUGAAGACGGUGAGGUCAAUAUUUGUGGAUGAGGGCUGGCGUACGUUUUACGCUGGCAUGGGCACGAAUCUGUUGCGAACGAUUCCGGCUAGUGCGGUCACGCUUAUUACGUAUGAGGUUAUGACGGAUAAGCUGGGGAAGUGGCAGAGAUAGUAGUUUAUAGAGAAGUACAGGAAGUAUUACAUCAACGGUAUAUAACAAGACGUCAAAGUAGUGGCCCGAGAAGAUUGGAUAUAGAAUAAAUUUUGUAUUCUAAGCCCAUAGACAGAUUUACGAGAUUUUGAUGGACAGAUUUACGAGGUUUGCAUCACUAUAAUACUAGUUUAUAAGAAGUAAUU